AUGUUCUCCCCGUCAUAUCAUCGGCAAGACUGUGCCUCCAAGCAAGAAGAACGACAGAGGAAAUUGGAUGAAUUACCACCCUCGUUCUUCGAAGCCUGCACGGAGACCGAUAAUAAGGUCCUCGACCUGUCACUCAGUGAACUAGUCCAAUGCCACAACGCGGGUUCGCUAUCGACGGCGAGCAUUUUGCAAGCUUAUGGAAAGAAAGUGGUCUCAGCGCAAAAGGCCACAAACUGCCUGGCUGGGAUUAUGUUCCAAGAAGCUCUGACCCUGAAAGUUCCAGAUUCUCCAACUGGUACAGACCACACACUCACUGCUCCCGAACAACCCCUUUCCGGUGUCCCCGUCAGCAUCAAAGAUUGUAUUGAUAUCGAAGGCUACGACACCACCGUUGGCUACUCGUCUAAAGUCAACCGUCCUGCUUCGUCGUCUGCGGCAAUAGUCCGACUUCUCCAUGAUGCAGGUGCGAUCACCCACGUAAAAACUACCACACCUCCCGGUCUCAUCGGACUCGAGACAUCGUCCGACCUUUUUGGGCGAACGAGCAAUCCAUAUAACGAGAAGUACGUCAGCGGUGCUUCGACUGGUGGUGGGGGCGCGCUUCUUGCAUGCAGAGGGAGUGUUAUCGAAAUCGGUACCGACAUUGGCGGCAGCGUGAGGAUGCCCGCGCAUUUUUGCGGGAUCUACAGCGUGAAGUCUUCAGUAGGACGAUUUCCAGGUUGGGGUACGCUACCCCCUAUGCCUGGACUGGAAUCGGUGGCUGUUUCGUGUUCUCCUAUGUCUCGAAGACUGGAUGACCUUGAAGAAUUUUGGAAGCGCGUCAUGGAGAUGCAGCCGUGGGAUUACGACCACACAUGCAUUCCAUUGCCCUGGCGACCCAUAAAUCUUCAAGGGACAAAGCUGAAGUUUGGAGUUGUCUGGGAGGAUGGCAUUAUUUCUCCUUCUCCUGCUUGCCGUCGCGCUUUGCAAUGGGUUUGUGAUGCGUUGGUGAAGCAAGGUCACGAAGUAAUUGAUUUUUCACCCCCUAGCAUAGCAGAAGGUCUGAACAUCGGAUUCCAGUUAUGCUUUGCAGAUGGAGGCGCUGGUAUCUUUGGUACUGUUCGUAAGGACGAGAAACUUGACCCUGUCAUGCUCGGUAUCAAGAGUUUACUGGGGAUGCCCCUUUGGAUCAAGAAGAUCCUGGCGAUGAUAACGCGGAGGUUGACUGGUGAUGAAAUCCAGGCAUCGAUGCUCGAGACGGUUCACGCCAAAUCGCCAGCCGAGGAACGCGAGCUCGUCGUCUCCCGAGAUGAGUACCGAGCAAAGUGGCACCAUGCAUGGGAAGUCGAAGGGCUUGACUUUGUGCUCACAGUUCCGCACUCGUUGCCCGCCAUCCCUGCUGGAUCCGCAGAGAAGGUGACUCUAGUUUCUGCUGCCUAUAUGAUGAUUUUCAACAUUCUGGACUAUGCUGCUGGUGUUCUCCCGGUAUCUUUUGUCGACCGUGAGUCGGAUGCGCUACCGAAGGAUUUCAUGAAGAGUGCCGAAUACAAAAAUAUGGGGUUGGUUUCCAAGGGAGCGUACUCUGUGCGGUUUGAGGAAGAGAAGGUCUUGCAGGGUAUGAAGAUCAUUGAAGAUGCUCUCGAGGGGUGCGAUCGCAAGUUCGUUCCCCGGGAAUUUUGA